CGGCGGUGGUACGAAGGCGGUCAGGCAGCCAAUGGGCAGUGGCCGGCGGGGUCACCGGCUGGCACUCCCCUAGGGGUCGGGAGAUCGGGGCUUCCAUUUGGCAAUGGAGGAGGCCGUGGACAGACAUGUCAGUGUGGGAAUGGGAAGUGGAAUGAAAAUGACUGGCCACAGCUGGUAUGGUGGACAGAGCAAAGGUGCUCAGUGAGGUUUCUGAGUAUCCACCAGGGGAAGGACGAUGCAGACGGAAUCGCUCCUACACUGUGGCUACUCGCACCCCCUGCUCCGAGCCUGGCAGACUUGUGCCACCAGCUUCACUGCAAGCAACCUCAUCUAUCCCAUCUUUGUAACUGACGACGCCAAUGCCGUGGAGCCUAUUGCGAGCCUCCCAGGACAGGCCAGGUAUGGGGUCAAUAAGCUGGAGGGGAUGCUGCAACCCCUCGUCGACCAGGGUCUGGCUUGUGUGUUGAUCUUUGGCGUUCCAACCAAACUCGCCAAGGAUGAGAGAGGGUCUGGAGCAGACCUGGAGGAGACCCCAGCCAUCCUGGCUAUUAAAAAGCUGCGCAGCACCUUCCCAGGGCUGGUGAUUGUCUGCGAUGUCUGUCUCUGCCCAUAUACUGUUCACGGGCACUGUGGGAUACUCCGGGAGGAUGGAACAUUGAACAAUGAAGCAAGCUGCCAGCGGCUGGCAGAGGUGGCACUUGCUUACGCCAAGGCAGGAUGCCAUAUUGUAGCUCCCUCGGAUAUGAUGGAUGGCAGAGUUGGAUCCAUAAAGCAGGCUCUUGUCUCCAAUGACCUGGGAAGUAAGGUUUCAGUGAUGAGCUACAGUGCAAAGUUUGCUUCCUGUUUUUAUGGACCUUUCCGAGACGCUGCCCAGUCAAAGCCAGCUUUCGGAGACCGCAAGUGCUACCAGCUGCCUCCAGGUGCCAGGGGACUUGCUCUCCGAGCAGUGGACCGUGAUGUGCGUGAGGGGGCGGACAUGCUGAUGGUCAAACCUGGCAUGCCUUACCUGGACAUUGUCCGAGAGGUGAAGAACAAAUACCCUUGUCACCCACUGGCAACUUACCACGUCUCAGGAGAGUUUGCAAUGCUGUGGCACGGUGCCCAGGCUGGAGCGUUUGACCUCAAGACAGCUGUGAUGGAGGUGCUGACCAGCCUCAGGAGGGCAGGUGCUGACAUCAUCAUCACGUACUAUGUGCCGCAGAUCCUGAGCUGGCUGAAGGACAUUUGAUGCUGCUCCUCCUGGGCACAGGACACACUGGGUUUUGAAGAAAUGUUACACAACUCCUGCUCUCCUCAUCCCACACCCUCCGGCCUGCUCCAAUUUCUGUCUGAUCCUCUACCUGACAGUAUAUCAAAUACGGUGAGAGAGACCAGCUUUUAAACCUGAACUUUUGUGUUCAACCAAAAAUAGAUUUUCACAGAUGUUUAGCACCUAUCAGAUAUUUAGUUGCAUCAUGUUUUGGAGUGCAUCAGACCAAGAGAAAAUGUAAAAGAUUCAAGGAAUCAGGUGAAUAAUGUCUGAGAGACUCUGCAGGUAUCUGAUUUUGCAAAGGAUCUGUGUUUGUUGCAGUAUACAGAACCUCAGGGAUUGUAAAAUGAACAAUUGCAAAGGUUUUGUCAAUAAAUUAUGUGACUGGGGAUGGUAAUGUACUGUGUAAUGACUGCCACGUGCCUUCCUGAAUCUGACCCUUCUAUGGGUACAGACUCUCCAACACAUCUUAUGAGUAUUAUCUGUAUGUGAAACCCUGUGAACAAAUAAAAUGGAAUCCUCUGGUUUUAAUAAAGCAAACACUAAACAAGUACAA